AACGGGAAUGGGGGAGGGUGGGGAUCUGGCAAGCUCCACCCCCAGGACCACAGGAGCCGCCCCAGCUUGGAGGCUUGCACUGCCCUGAUGGCUCCCGACCCCAGCAGACGCCUCUGCCUGCUGCUGCUGCUGCUCUUCUGCUGCCUUGUGCCUGCCAGGGCUGAUGGGAAUUCCCUGAAUCCCUUGAAUCCCCUGAAUCCUCUGAAUCCUCUGGGGUGGCUGUGGUCCCCCAAGACCGAUGAUUCCUUGGACACACCGGUCUCCCAGCCCCAGAUCAGUUCACCUGUGCAGUCCACAGAGAACCCCACCACUCACGUGGUCCCCCAGGAUGGCCUCACAGAACAACAGAUGACUCCUGCUAACCCCAAGCUGCCCCCGGAGGAUCAGGAAGCUGUCCAGAGGGGGACCCCUGCAACCCCAGCCAUCCCCAUCCUGCCGACGGCCUCUGCUGCGAGCCCGGACACGAAGGAGGAGAAUGUUGCCGGCGUUGGAGCCAAGAUUCUGAAUGUGGCUGAGGGCAUUCGAAACUUUGUCCAGCUGUGGGAUGAGGACGCCACUACUGAGAACUCCGCCGGCACAGCUGCCUCAGCUGCCUCAGUCCCUACAGUCCACCUCACUCCUGCUGAGCUCUCCAGUGGUCCCCAGGAGAGUGAGACCACUCUCUGGCCAAGCAGUGGUGUUCCAAGUUCUCCAGAUGUUCAGACAACCGAAGUUGGCACGCCGGCUGCACCCACCCAGCCACCUCCCUCCUUGAGUAGUCUCCAGGAACCUCUGGAAAGACCCUCGGCACCCACAGAGAAUGUUGCUGAGGAGGUGGGGCUGUUGCAGCUCCUUGGGGAUCCUCUGCCCCAGCAAAUCUCCCAAAUCAACGACCCUGAUGUCGGGGCAGCAUACGUCUUUGGACCGGACUCCAACAGCGGCCAGGUGGCCCGGUAUCACUUCCCUAAACUGUUCUUCCAUGACUUUUCACUACUGUUUCACGUUCAGCCAGCCACAAAGGCUGCGGGGGUGCUGUUUGCCAUCACAGAUGCCGCCCAGCUGGUGGUCUCGCUGGGUGUGAAGCUCUCGGCGGUACGCGAUGGACACCAGAACAUCUCACUGCUCUACACAGAGUCUGGUGACAGCCAGACCCAGACGGGUGCCAGCUUCCGCCUACCUGCAUUUGUUGGCCAGUGGACACACUUUGCGCUCAGCGUGGAUGGAGGCUCUGUGGCUCUCUACGUAGACUGUGAAGAGUUCCAGAGAGUACCGUUUGCUCGGUCCCCACAGGGUCUGGAGCUAGAGCAUGGCUCCGGCCUCUUUGUGGGUCAGGCUGGAGCAGCAGAUCCUGACAAGUUUCAGGGGAUGAUCGCGGAGCUGAAGGUACGCAGCACCCCCCGGGUGAGCCCUGUGCACUGCUUGGACGAAGAUGACGAUGACGAAGACAGGGCAUCUGGAGAUUUUGGAAGCGGCUUUGAAGAAAGCAGCAAGACACACAGGGAGGAGCAUACACCUCUGCCACCAAGGCUUCCCCAGCCACCCCCUGUCACUUCCCCGCCCUUGGCUGGAGGCAGCACCACAGAAGAUUACAGAACAGAAGAAACGGAGGAAGAAACCAUGGUCAAUUCUAUAGGAGCUGAGACCCUUCCUGGCACAGACUCAAGUGGUGCAGGAGAUGAGAGUGUCCAGAACCAUGGAGGUGGCUUGUUAAAGGGAGGUCUGAAAGGACAAAAGGGAGAGCCAGGUGCUCGGGGCCCGCCUGGCCCAGCUGGGCCCCAGGGUCCUGCAGGCCCGGUGGUACAGAGCCCCAGUGUACAACCUGUCCCGGGAGCACAAGGACCCCCGGGACCUCAGGGCCCACCAGGGAAGGAUGGCGCGCCAGGAAGGGAUGGCCAACCGGGUGACCCCGGUGAAGACGGGAGACCGGGUGACACUGGACCUCAAGGCUUUCCAGGGACCCCAGGUGACGUGGGUCCCAAGGGUGAGAAGGGAGAUCCUGGUAUGGGGCCUCGAGGACCUCCAGGACCUCCAGGGCCACCAGGACCCUCCUUCAGACAGGACAAGCUGACCUUCAUCGACAUGGAGGGAUCAGGCUUCAGUGGAGACCUGGAGAGCCUCAGAGGCCCACGAGGCUUUCCUGGCCCCCCAGGACCCCCUGGUGUCCCAGGACUGCCUGGUGAGCCAGGGCGCUUUGGGGUCAACAGCUCCUACGCUCCAGGACCUGCAGGCCUUCCUGGUGUACCAGGAAAGGAAGGGCCCCCGGGAUUUCCUGGUCCCCCGGGACCUCCAGGUCCUCCAGGCAAAGAGGGCCCACCAGGAGUGGCCGGCCAGAAAGGCAGUGUUGGAGAUGUGGGCAUCCCAGGACCCAAGGGGAGCAAAGGAGACCUUGGGCCUGUCGGUGUACCUGGAAAGACUGGCUUGGCUGGACCCAGUGGGCCAGCUGGACCUCCAGGACCCCCAGGACCACCAGGGCCCCCAGGACCACCAGGACCAGGAUUUGCUGCUGGAUUUGAUGACAUGGAAGGCUCUGGAAUACCCUUCUGGUCAACAGCCCGAAGCUCCGAUGGACCGCAGGGACCCCCAGGAUUGCCAGGACUCAAGGGGGAUCUUGGAAUGACAGGGCCACCUGGAGCCAAGGGAGAAGUCGGUGCAGAUGGAUCCCAGGGCAUGCCUGGUCCCCCAGGAAGAGAGGGUGCAGCUGGGCCCCCGGGGCCAAAAGGAGAGAAAGGGAGCCAGGGAGAAAAGGGAAACCCAGGAAAAGAUGGAGUGGGGCAGCCAGGCCUCCCUGGACCCCCAGGACCUCCAGGGCCAGUGGUCUAUGUGUCAACUGAGGAUAGAGCAGUAGUGACCACGCCAGGACCUGAGGGCAAGCCAGGGUAUGCAGGUUUUCCCGGACCUGCUGGACCGAAGGGUGAUCUGGGUUCCAAAGGCGAGCGAGGUCUUCCAGGGCCUAAGGGUGAAAAAGGAGAGCCAGGCGCCUUCUUUAGCCCUGACGGCAGAGCCCUGAGCCACGUCCAGAAAGGAGCCAAGGGAGAGCCAGGCUUCCGAGGACCCCCGGGUCCUUAUGGGCGACCUGGACACAAGGGAGAAAUCGGCUUCCCCGGACGGCCGGGUCGUCCUGGAACUAAUGGAUUAAAGGGAGAGAAAGGGGAGCCUGGAGAUGCCAGCCUCGGGUUCAGCAUGAGAGGAAUGCCUGGCCCCCCUGGGCCUCCGGGACCCCCCGGCCCUCCUGGGAUGCCCAUCUAUGACAGCAAUGCAUUUGUGGAGUCUGGCCGACCUGGACUGCCAGGACAGCAAGGUGCGCAGGGGCCUUCAGGACCAAAGGGUGACAAAGGAGAUGUGGGCCCACCUGGGCCACCAGGCCAGUUCCCCGUUGACCUCUUCCACCUGGGAGCUGAAUUGAAGGGAGACAAGGGGGACCGAGGGGACGCCGGACAGAAAGGAGAGCGGGGAGAACCUGGCGCUGCCGGUGGUGGAUUCUUCAGCUCAAGUGUACCUGGCCCUCCAGGGCCCCCUGGCCCCCCUGGUUACCCCGGGAUUCCGGGUCUGAAGGGAGAGAGCAUCCGGGGCCCACCAGGCCCUCCUGGCCCUCAGGGACCUCCUGGAAUUGGCUAUGAGGGGCGCCAGGGCCCCCCAGGACCCCCAGGACCUCCAGGACCCCCCUCAUUCCCUGGCCCUCAUAGACAGACUGUCAGUGUUCCUGGUCCUCCGGGCCCACCUGGCCCCCCAGGACCCCCUGGAGCCAUGGGCGCGUCUGCUGGGCAGGUGAGGAUCUGGGCCACCUACCAGACCAUGCUGGACAAGGUGCGUGAGGUGCCCGAGGGCUGGCUCAUCUUUGUGGCCGAGAGGGAAGAGCUCUACGUACGCGUCAGAAAUGGCUUCCGGAAGGUGCUGCUGGAGGCCCGGACCGCACUCCCAGAUGGCACGGGCAACGAGGUAGCUGCCUUGCAGCCCCCACUAGUGCAGCUUCACGAGGGCAGUCCGUAUACCCGGCGGGAACACUCCUACUCCACAGCGCGGCCCUGGCGGGCAGAUGCCAUUUUGGCCAACCCACCACGACUGCCAGACCCACAGCCUUACCCCGGGGUUCCGCACCACCACGGCUCCUACGUGUACCUGCCACCCGUCCACCCCACCAUCUUGCCUGCCCACAACCACCAGGACUUCCAGCCAGUGCUCCACCUGGUGGCACUGAACAGCCCGCUGUCGGGUGGCAUGCGUGGCAUCCGUGGCGCCGACUUCCAGUGCUUCCAGCAGGCCCGAGCCGUGAGGCUCUCUGGCACCUACCGUGCCUUCCUGUCCUCCAGGCUGCAGGAUCUCUACAGCAUUGUUCGCCGUGCUGACCGUGGGUCGGUGCCCAUCGUCAACCUGAAGGACGAGGUGCUGUCUCCCAGUUGGGAUGCCCUGUUUUCUGGCACCCAGGGUCAACUGCAGCCUGGGGCCCGCAUCUUCUCUUUUGACGGCAGAGAUGUCCUGAGACACCCGGCCUGGCCUCAGAAGAGUGUAUGGCAUGGCUCAGACCCCAGCGGGCGCAGGCUGAUGGAGAGCUACUGUGAGACGUGGCGAACAGAAGCGACCGGGGCCACGGGUCAGGCCUCCUCGCUGCUCUCAGGCAGGCUCCUGGAACAGAAAGCUGCGAGCUGCCAGAACACCUACAUUGUCCUGUGCAUUGAGAAUAGCUUCAUGACUUCUUUCUCUAAGUAGGGCCUCUGCCAGCUGGAAUGGUGGACAGAGGUGGUGCGAAGGUUGGACACAGUGCAGGGGACAUCUAGCUAGUGCCCGGGGCCUGGCUGGGAUACGCUCCUGUAUAGUUCACGUUUUUAUGUAAUCCUCAAGAAAUAAAAGGAAGCCAAAGAGUAUAUUUUUUUAAACACUUAAAAUAGACUUCCUGCCCUUCCUCUCCCGCUAGAACUGGCCGGCCUGUGUCACAGUUCAUUCCUCCGUGCUUGGUAGGGCUUCCUGGUGAAGCCAGACCAUAGCUGUUGUCUCAGCAGGAGGCCAACCUAGAGUUGUUGCCUAAGACCCGCAGACUUUCUCUAGCCUGCCAUCUUUCUGUGAACAGACCCUUCAUAGAGCAGUCACCUAGAGAGAGUGCUGGGAACAGACCCUGGGACAGCACAGGGCACUGGAUUCUCCCCUCACCACCCUGGGGCUGUGCCAGUAGCACAGGCAGGCACCUGCGCACCCAGAUGGGAACUGGGACCGUCCAGGCUGAGCACUGGGAACCAUCUCCCUGCCUCCCCCACUCUCCAGCAACACCGCUCGCUGCCAGAGCAGGUUUCCAACCUUCCCACUCAACUGUGACCGUUCCCUGUCACUGUCUGCAGAGGCCAGAAGUGUGGCCAGACUUAGCCUGUGUGCUCCUUUUGCCAAGGCCCAGACAUGGCAUGGGGCCCACCCUCAGGCUUGUCUCUCAGACUGGCCUCUCUGGUGACCCAUGAGAUCCCAGCCAAGCCUUGGUCCUUGCUGUGUCCUUGCUCGCCAGCCGGAAGUCCACGAAUCUCACAGCAGCAGCACAAAGCACUCGUCCUAGGAGGGGGCUUGUGUGCUCAGGGCCACAAGUGGCCAGUCAUAGCCACUGUGCCUGCCUCAAGCUCUGUUGUCCAAGGAUUGGGACAAAUCCAGUGGGGCUAGUUCUGUAACAAUGUGUGAUAUGAAGCCACUUCAAAGAGGCACCAAAUAAAAAUGACCUUUUAUACAGAGA